AUGGCUAGUCCAGCGAACUUCGUGAGCAAUGGCCGUCUUCAAGUCCUGCAGGAGCCAGUCGAUGCUUCUCAGGAUGGCGUAGACAUCAUCCUUGUUCCCGGCACUGGAACUGCCCCGCCAGAGAACUGGCCGUUUGCAAGCCGAAAAUGGCUCGGGACUCUACCCGGCUCUGGUGCUGGGGCACGCAUUCUUGCGUACAAGUAUGCUUCGCCACUUACAGGCACGAAACCUUCGUGGGAAUCAAUCCUGAUGCUAGGUUAUGACCUCCUCCAACAAUUGAGUGACGAGCAAUUUCGAUCUGCCUCAGAUCCAACCGCCAACAAGCCAAUCUUAAUGGUCUGCCAUAGCUUGGGUGGCGUAAUAGUCAAACAAGCCUUGUGCGUUGCAAACAAACAGUUUCCUCGGUAUGGACCAACUGUCAAUGCCAUAGCUGGCAUUCUCUUCCUCAGCACUCCACAUCGCUAUGGCGACAAAACUACAAGUUUGACACGGUUUCGAGACAUCCUGGAAGCUACCAGCGGUAAACCCUUCAAGAUUCCAAAUGCCAACGUCGAGGAAGAAGGCGCCGUUUUGAUCGACCUUGCGGAUAGAUUCGAAGGCAUCUCGUUCCGCACACCCAUAUUGUCUGUCUAUGAACUGAGGGAGACCAAAAACAAUUCAACACCAUUGCGCUCGAAAUACCAAUUUGUCUCCCGCGAAGCGUGUUUGACCCACGCUCCAUUGGAGACAGUUAUUGGACUCAAUCUCGAUCAUCACGAGACCUGUCUCUUCACCAAGAGCAGGGGGGCCGAAGGCUUGACAGAGCUCAACAAAUUUAUCCACAACACUAUGCUUGACGCUAAGCAUCUUGUUGCACUUCGGCUCAAGGAUCUUACAAACUGCAGCAUGAUGCUGAUGGUUCUAGAGGAAUACCAGUACGCAACGACAAGCGCUUACUCGCCCACGAUGAUUGAGCUGCAGGAACUCACCGAACAGCCCUCGAAUAGAGCAACAGAGGGAACAUCUUCCUCGGAAUUCGAGUUGGUGCAUCCUGUACCAACAUAUGCUGAGACUCAGAAGCGCCUUCACUUGCCCUGCUUUCUCCUCAACACACAUGCAGCAAAUGAGGAGUUUUGCGGCCGUGAAGAUGUCCUGAAGCGCUUAGCAGCUGAACUCUUGCCCUCAAAGAAUGCAGUGACAGCAUCAAACACUUCCCUGCGACAAUUCGCACUUUGCGGGUUUGGCGGGAUUGGAAAGACGGAAAUCGCCCGCGAGUUCGCUCGACGCCACAAAGAUUCCUUCGACGCGGUAUUCUGGGUGGUUGCGGAUGAGGUUGCCAAACUUGACCAUCAUUACCAGCAAAUUUCAUUGGCACUAGGACUGGAAAAUCCAUCAGAGUGUAAAAGCCAAGUCGUCAGCAGAGAGACUGUGAAGGGGUGGCUUUCCAACCCUCAAAAGCAUCUAUCGGGGUCGGACGAGGUUGUUCAACCCGGUCAAGCUAGGUCAGAAGCGACAUGGCUGCUUGUUUUCGACAACGCAGAUGACCCAAUGAUGCUGGCGGACUACUGGCCUCAGGGCAGUGGAUCCAUUCUCAUCACCAGCCGCGAUCCACUGGCUAAAAGCAUCUUCACGAGAACGCCUUCUGGCCUUGACCUUGGUCCACUCACACGACAAGAGAUUCUGUAUCUAUUCCACCAUCUCACCACGGCUUUUGACGACCCAGAAGAAGACACAGCACGACAAAUCUCCGAUGCAUUUGGUGGUGUUCCUCUGGCCAUUUCCCAGAUGGCAGGUAUCAUCCGUCGACAGGACCUCACUUUAUCCGAGUUCUUCGAGCUAUACAAGGAUCAUGAAGAACAUGCCAGCCUUUACGAGACAAAGUUUGAUACCAAUUUGGUCACAUAUCGGCAUUCUCUAUCCACUGUUUGGGCAUUCGAAAAGCUGAAACCCCAAGCACGACAGCUGUUGGAGCUGAUAUCUUUUCUUGAUCCAGAUGCCAUUGCAGAAGAUUUGUUAAUGCAGGCAUGGGUCGAAGUGCUCUCCAAUAAUGGUCCUCCAUUCAAGAAGAGUCAAUACAUUGAGGCCCGAGCUGAUCUACUUCAGUCCUCUCUGGUACAAAGAGACAAGUCACGGCAGCAGAUAUCGGUUCAUCGCAUAGUCCAAGAUGCGAUCUUUGCAACGAUGGACAUCGCGAAGAAACGGUCCAUAUUCGGCAAAAUCGUCAGGGUUCUUUGGGCAGAGUGGCCCUCGGCCAUGCCCAAACCAUCAAAGGAACCAGAGCUGCCCCAGCCCAAAUCAAAUGGCGGCAGGCUAAAUAUUGGAAGGUGGCCUGUUUGUGCGGCGAGUUACCCUCACGUCCUCAAAAUGCACCAGCUCUGGCCAGCCAUUGCAGAUCCAUCGGAGGCAACCAGGCUGCAUUUCGCGAAGCUAUUGAAUGAAGCUGCGUGGUAUCAAAAAGAGCGUGGAUGGACGAAAAACUUUGAUGGCUUCUUCGAGACUGCACGUAAGAUCGGCGAGGCCUCAGCACACGCAGAUCGGGAUUCUUUACUUGCAGACAUCUACUUCUGCUUGGGAUCUAUUGCUAUGGAUGCAAGCGACUUCGACACGAGCCGCAUAUAUAAAGAACGGUCUUUUGACCUGGUUUCUCAAAUUUGUAAAAGUUUGGGAACUGCAGACGAGCGACUUUACCUCGCCUAUGCAGAGCGAGGGAUCUCAAGAAUUCAGGAUGAACGGUACGAGGAGGGUGAAGCCGAUCUCAAGGAAGCGUUGCGGAUUCGCAAAGCUCUUGGCAACUACGUGCCCCGGUCGGGUGAGGCUAAUCUGAGCUGGGCUCUUCUUGCCCAAGGUAAGCUUGAAGAAUGCAAUGCACUUCUUCUGGAAAGUUUGGCUGGCAGAGAAAGAUCCCUGGGCAAAGAUGACAGAGAGUCUGUCAGGACUGGACUCAUUCUCUAUGCUCUUGGCAACCUCCGAGCUGCGCAAGGCCAAUGGAACGAGAGCUUUGAAUACCACCAGAGAGCAUGGCGCCAAAUUCGCGCAACAGUGGGCGACAAAGAUUUUUACACUGCAACUAUCACCCAUAAAAUUGCUGAGCACCUUACACGACAAUGUCGGAGCGAAGAGGCAAUUGAUAUGUUUAACAUGGCGCUGAACAUUUGGUCAGUGGAUCCGAACGCUCGCAAGAACGAGAUUGCUCGCACUACUUUCUUCAAGGGCAAAGUCUUCGAGGCCACAGGCAAGGCGCAAAAGGCUUCCAUUUCCCUCAAAGUUGCCAGUCGUCUAAGGAAAGAGAUAGUCGAUGAUGAUCGGGAUGUGAGCAGCUUGACGACGAGGGACUUUGAUGGGAUCGUUUCUUUCUGGGCGCGUUGA